CCUCUACUUUUCUGUCUUCUUUCUCUCAACCUUCCCUUCUUUCCUCUAUAAAUAACACACCUUUCGCACCUUAUCAAUUUCAUCAAAACCUUUCAAUUCCCAAAACUCACGAAUAUUACACCCCUCAGGUGCAUUAUUAUUCAUUCACGCUUAAUUAUGGCAAGCCCGUUAUUACGUACCCUUGAAAUCACAGUGAUAUCUGGGGAAGACCUACGAAACGAUCGAAGACCCAUCAAGAAGAAUGCUUUCGUUGUUGUACGAACCGAUUCUUACAACUCUCGUAGGACAGAUAUGGAUACUGACGGCGGGAGCUGUCCAAAGUGGAACCAAAAACUCGUGGUGGACAUGUCAAUGCAUGCGCAGUUUAUAACGUUGCAGGUUCAAUGCAAGACUUCGUUGGGCGAUAAAACUGUGGGGACGGCAAGAAUUCCGGUCUCAGAUUUUGUUGGGGGGUACGUGCCCGAGAGUUAUUUGCAUUUUUUGAGUUACAGGUUGAGAGAUCAUAAUGGCGAGAGGAAUGGGAUUGUGAAUAUCUCUGUGAGAGUUAAGGUCCCAGAAUACGCAUCGUGUUCGAGGACAGAGUUGGGAAUUCCUUUGGGGAUUUUGGGGCAGAGGAAUUUUGGUGGUGGGAUUGUGACUGGGGUUCCAGUUUCGUGUAACUAUCCUGUAAAAUAAGGAUUUGGUUCCAAAAACAAGGAAAAACACCUACAGUCCCAUGUGUGAUGUGUCUUCUAUUGUUUGUCAAAAUAUUAAUUGAAUAUAUAUACAAUUUGUUAAAGAAAAAUUUGUUUAGAA